AUGUGGCGGAGACUACUUGCCCGCCCCGCGCGGCUGCGCAGCGGAUGGUUUCUAGCCCUCGGAGUGAGCUACUGGGCCUAUGCCGAGACUGCCUUGGCUUCCGAUCGGCUGUGGCUGGCACCUCCCACGGCCCGCACGCCCCGCGUGGCCGCCGCAGCCGAGGCGGAUGCACCCGAGGCACCAGCCUCGAUAGAGGGCGGAGGAGAAACUGCCUCCUCGCCAGCUGAGGUGGACCCGGAGGAAGUGUUGCGUCAGCUGGAAGAGGCAGGUGUCUUUGAAGGACAAGAGGAGGUGCUUCUUCAACUCCGGGAGUUGGCAAAGCAAGGAGUUCAUCCUCUUGAUGCGCUCGCCGGAAGCACGGUGCCGGAGGAGGAGGCACAGGAAGCCGUCCUCGACUCCUUUGAUGUGGCAGGAGUUGCCAGGUAUCUUCAAGAGCACCAAUGUCGCGACGUGGUGGUCAUGUGCGGGGCCGGUCUCUCCACCGCUGCGGGGAUACCGGAUUUCCGUACGCCCGGCACUGGCCUUUACGACACGCUGCAGCGCUUCAACCUUUCCCAGCCGGAGGCGAUCUUCGAGCUGGAUUUCUUCCGCCAGGAGCCAGGGCCAUUCUACGAGCUUUGCCGCGAGCUGUGGCCGGGCCGGUACAAGCCCACACUGGCGCACUACUUCAUCAAGCUGCUUGAAGACAAGGGCAUCCUGCGCAGAUGCUACACGCAGAACAUCGAUUCCCUCGAGCGGCAAGCUGGCGUGAGUCGAUCGAAGAUUGUCGCGGCCCAUGGGAACUUCGAUGAAGCCCACGUGAUCGACAAAGUCCCAGAGCAGGCAGUGGACGUUGAGGAGCUCAGGCAAGCCAUCUUCGCUGGAGAGGAAGGAUGGCGGGCAUUGGCUGCGGCAAAGGGAGGGCUGGUGAAGCCGCGUGUGGUUCUGUUUGGGGAGAGCUUGCCGGACCGGUUUUGGGAGCUGAACGACGAGGAUUUGGGAGCCUGUGCAACCAGGACCUGCUGA